AUGGGCUGCUCACCAUCAAAAGGUAACAAUUUUGGGGCUUUGGGUCCCUUGAGGAAGGGUAGAAUGCUGCCCCCUACACCCCAAGAAAGCCCCAGAGAGUCCCAGUUUGAAGACGGAGAGAAACGUAAUUCAACCGAAACAACAGAUGGGGAAACAAAGGAGAUGAAGGCAGUUGGACAAACCCAGGUAUUUCAAAGAGAAGCACCUAUGACACCACAAAAAAAGAGAUCUGUGACUGAGUUAGCCCCAGAAGCAGUAAACAUGAAUAAAUUGGGGAGUCAAGGACUGGAGAACAACACUGUGUCACAGAGAAAAGAGAAAAAUGGGGACAAACAGGAUGUAACAGAGAAAAAGCCUGGCAGAAAAACAAAGAAAAAUACCAGAGGUGUGAAAGUGCUAAAAAAGAAAGACAAGGACAAACUACCUGCUGAACAGAAAGUGGACUUCCCAGAGCCUCUGGUAAAAGCUCACCAAGCUGCGUAUGCCUUUUUGAAUCCUAAUAUAAACAAAUAUGAUAUUGUACUUGGACUGUUGGAACAGGCAACCCAAACUCGGACGUCUGUUCAGCCUAUGGUUGCCUUUAUGGCUCUGCGCUAUGAGGAAUUAAUUCACUUACUGGAAGACAUAGCAGAUGAGGGAGACAAAGUUUUAAAAGAAAAUGGAGAACAUCUUGCUUGGCCCAGCCAAAUGAAAAACCUCUCUUCUUCUUCACCACUGAAAUCUGGCUCUGCUAAUAUUGAACCCCCACCGGAUUUGUUGCAGCAGCUUCUUCAGUACACCACACAAAGAAUGCGGAAUGUAAGUCAGACUGUUGGAGGAAUUGGGGACUCUGCCUUGGAGGAGGCAGUGGAAUACUUUGCCUGUGUAUCAGAGCUUUUAGAGGAGAAACUGAAAGUCAAGCGUGCAGUAGAGACUAGAAUAAUGCAACUCUUAUCUCGCAUUGAAAUGGCCUCCCUGCGCAAGCCUGGGCCAGAGGAUUCUGCUCUCUUUAGUGAGGACAGUGGUAUUGGAGCUGAGAAUGAAUCCCUUGCUGGAUCUGAAAGACGCCAUAGACGAGAAAGUUGUGAGUCCACUGGGACAAAUAGAACUACUCCUAUAGGAUACACCUCCAGGAACAUUAGGCAAGGAGCAUCAAGGCCGAAGUUUGUGCAUCAAAUUAGUCCAAGUGUUUCCCUCACUUCUCUCAACUCAAUAGGUUCUGUAUGUACCAUAAUGGCUAAUGAGCAAAGAGACUCAUUGCUAGGAUCCUUUGAUGAUGGGGAGGAAGAUGAUGAAGAUGAUGAUAAGAUGGAUAGAGGCAAGGGACAAGUAACGUUUCAAAAGCGAUCAAAUUCUUCACCUGUACACCAUGAACAACAACCAUCCCGCAUACACCCAAAGCGCAUAGAGAAUCCUGAAAAUGUAGAAAUGACCCUCAAAAUGAAAAAAGCUAUAAGUAGUAGGAUACAGUAUGUCUCAUCACCAAACGCCAGUGCCAAAACAAAGGUAGUGGGCAGCCCAAAAAUCAGUAGACGCCAGUGGACUGAUGAGGGGGAACAAUCUCCAAAGAGACCUCAAACCACAGCACCUGUUCGAAGGGCAGUGGUAAAAACGACCCCAGCAGCUAAAGAGCGACGUUCCCGUUCUGCAGAAUCCCUGCGAAGCAAAGGUGAAGAUCCUACUGUUCUUGAACUAGAAAGGACUCAGAAGAAUUUAAAUCAGAGGUUGCAGAGAAUGAGUAAAAGCAAAGUGACUGGAAAACAAAAUCAAGGGACCUCCCCAGCACAAUCUCCAGUAAUAAAUCGCAGACAGCCCUCACUAGAGAAGAACAGCAAUCCUCAACCACUGAAAGACAAAGCAGGAUUAACAAAGCGUACCAACAGAAAACAAGAGGUGACUAGUGAUGCAGAAGAAGACAAUAAACAAAAAGACAAGAAAACAGCAAAGGGUCCUAUAAAAGCCACACCACCCCCUAGUCCUCCUUCAUCACCAAGGCCAUCUUCAGGCCUGUGCAGAGGCAGGAAUUCAGUCAAAAAAUUGAUAGAUACCUUCACUCAAGGAAUAGAGGAGCUAGACAGCCCUAAAGUGUUGGGGCCUCUCAAAGGUGUACGGAAGUGUGGUGUUCCUGUGCUACCAGGUUUAGGAAAUGUAGAGGCUGUGCUUCGCACUGGGAUAACCAGCUGUAGAGCUGAAUCCAUGUCAUUUGAGAAGACAGAAGAUUUAGAUUUGGACAGUCUUCCUCCACCUCCAUUGGAAGUAUUAUUGGACAAUUCCUUCGAAAGUGCUCACAGUCCUCCUACUCGUGUAGCAGAUGAUGGGGCUACAAAAGUGCCCAAAUCACCUGUGGUAAAAAGGGCUGUUGUGUCGCAGCGACUGAGGGCCUCAUUUCAAUCUGUGUCAGUGCUGCCAAGCAAAGGAGGCCCUCCACAAGGUUCCAAGGUUAUUUCUCCUGCUAGAGAGGAACAACAUGUCACAUCUACUCAAUCAAAGGUCAGCCAACCACAUGAUCAAGCUGACACAGACCCAGGAAAGGAAAAGGAUUCCUUUCUGUCUCGACAAGCUAGAAAGAUCAUACACUUAAAACACUCUUCAGAUUCUCAGUCAGAGAAAUCAACAAGUUAUGUAACAACAAAUCCAUCUGCCAGUCAAAAAGAAUCAACAGAUUUACAAGAUGAUGGCAACAUUUCAGUGCCUGGACCUAACACUACAUUGUCUACAGUGCCUCCUUCUUCAGUAGUCAAUAGCCACCCACCUGCCACCCCACCCAUGCCUAGGGGGCGAAUGUUACCAUCCACACCUUCUACCCCAAGCAGCUUGCAUCGAAGACUUCCCAGUCCUCACAACUUCAAAAGGCAACCUACUCCACCCUCUUCAGCUAGCCCCCCCAUCAAUAGAAAACCUCCCACACCACCAGCACUUCAGAGGAGACUCCCCAGCCCACCUGUUACAAAGCAGAACAUUUUAAACUCAAAUCCAUCCUCUUCGUACCCUUUCAAAGCACCGUCUCCACCAGCUUCACCGAAAAUACAAAGAUGGUCAAGAGAGAACAGCACUGAAGACUUAUCUUCUGCUCGGUUGAUCAGUAAUGCGCGUUCAGUAUUCUGCCCUGCUUCUCCAUCCAUGUUUGAGGCCCAGCCUUGUUCAGUUCCCCAACCCCCUCAAGCAUGGACCGCUACUGGGGUCUCUUUUCUCUCACGUUCUUGGGGGGGUCGAGGGAGGUUUCCUGUGUCUGUUCAAGGACCUCGACCUUUCAUCCGACGAAGCCAUUCAGACCGGAGGCCAAGUCUAAGUCUUCCACCACGAUCACCAGGCAUCUCAGUGGCUGAGACUUGUGGAAGUGAGCCAGCAAUAUGUACACAGGGGCUGGAUGAUGAACCAACCAGGAAAGAUGAAAUAUGGGGUAGCCAAUCAGACCUCAGAGCUACAUCACGCUCUGCAUCACAUCCAGACCUGUGUAUUGUUGGACAGUCUUUGCACCGAGAGUAA